GUGAAAAAGUUGACAAAGUCCUUGGAAAUGAGGAAAUUCUUCAUCUUCUCAUCCUUCACCAUCCAUCGAAAUGACAGAACAAAAAUACCAACAAUUCCGAAAUGCCAACAACGAGAUUGAAAAAGUUUGUGUCAGGGCUGAUUUCAUCUCCGCAAACAAUGACAACCCAUCAUACUCUGUGUGGUUGCAAGACAUUCAAAAAGUGCUUGCGAAUGCAGUGGGAAUCAAAUUGGAUGGACGUCCCAUUCCAUUCCUUUUAGACGCUGAUGGCAAUUGGAUCGAACCCCUUCGCAUUGCAUUCUACCCUAACAAGGUCCUGGACGUCAUUACAGAAAUAUCACAGACCUGCAGCUGUAAUUGCAGCUGCAACAGCAACAGUAAAGCUGUUGUCCCUUUGUCUUCGAGAAAUCUGAUAAAUCAGACUUCCUCUCAAGAUGCUAUGUUAUCAUUAUCAAGUUUGGUUCGAUUCCUCAACCAAUCCCUUACUACUCACCACAACGCACAAACCGAAAUGAUCAAGUCUGGCCUUGAGCAAAUUAAAAAGUUGUUUCAAGAGGUCAAAGAGAAGGACGACAAAAUUAUCGAGCUGCAAUUGGAGACUAAGAAGAAAAAUGAUGAAAUGCUAAAACUCCAAUUGGAGGCGAAGGAGAAGGAUGAUAAAAUGCUUGAGCUACAAAAUCAAGCCCUUAACAGACUUGCCAUCCUUCAAAAGCAGGCCAAUGCUAUCCUCACCCAGAACUUUGAGCUAUACGAAUAUCCAAUCCCUCGACUCUUUAUCAUUUUACCUGACGGCACCACGACCAAAUGGGACCCAAGGAAAAUCUUGAGGAGCAAAUUCCGCCUUUAUUUCCUCUGUGAAUGUGGAGAUCACACUGCAGAGACAAGCAAGAGCCUUUGGAACCAAAUCCAUAUUGCCAAACAUGAUGGGUAUGAAGUCCGAGACAGCACAGAGUUCUUUCGCAAGUAUGGGAAGUAUAUGCUCAUCCUUUUACAGUUGCUCAAGUUGGGAAUGGGAACAUCCCCAGCUACUUCUCUAACACCAGGUCCAAAUCUGAUCGAUGCUGCUAUCGCUUAUUCAAUCACCUAUAUGGGUGUGCUUUCCAAGGAGUAUCCGGCCUUGAGCACCGCCAACACAUUCGACGACUAUGAAGAGCUUGAAGGGGCUGAUCUUCGACAGCUGGACACAUUCCUCCGAAUUAACGAUGAGGAUAGGAAACUUGGCAACUUGUACAGGAUCACGACGGAAACAGGCCGUGUCAAAUGGGUUUGCUUUGAACAUUAUCGUUGGACAUAUAGAGAAAAAGAGCAAAAAGUGUUUAAAAAUGCAGUAGAGGCGAGUGGAGGCAAUUAUGACUCGCACCUUGGCAAAGUGGUUAUUACAUUGGGAUCGAAAACCAGAGCUGAGGAAUUUUUCGAUGCGCUGACCAAUGCAAGACGCAUUUACGAGCUAGACAUCACAUUCAGCUGGCAAUGGACCAAGACUGACCUUGAAGCAUUUGAGAAAGCACUCAAGACGUCUAGUGUAUCGAUUCUUCGACUUGAUUUUGGGGAGUUUCAAGAAAGCGCGACCAGAAAAAUACUUUUGACAUCUUCACGAUAUGAAGUACUUGUUCGCAUCAUGGAGAUUAGCAACAUGAAGACUAUUCAUAUUGCUCUACCCCCAGACCUCACAAAGUUUUCGAAUUUACAGCCCAGAAGAUCGUCACAGCUUCAUCAGCUAUCCUUUAAGAUACAACCUCAAUCGAUCGGAGCUGGUGAAUAUCGAGUACUUGCAAAUUCACUCAAGCUCAAUACAACUUUGACUGCCCUGGACCUAAGAGAUAACUUUAUUGGGAAAGAAGGAGCUCUGGCGCUAUCCAAGGCAUUAAAGACGAACACGACAUUGGCCAUUUUGAACUUGCACGGUAAUUCAAUCGGGAAAGAGGAAGCUCUGGAGCUGUCUAAGGCACUAACGACAAAUAAGACAUUGGUCACUUUAGACUUAAGUCUUAACUUGGUUGGAAAAGAAGGAGCUGUAGCACUCUCAGAGGCACUCAAAAUAAACAGGAGUUUGACCAACUUGAACUUACUCGACAACUCUAUCAGAAAGGAAGAAGUACUGAUACUGUCUGAGGCACUCGAGACUAACACGACCCUGGUCAUUCUGGACGUGGAAUAUGACUCAUUUGCAAAAGAAGGAGCUCUGAUGCUGUCAAGGAUCAAUACGACGUUAACCAGUUUGGACUUUAGUAAUAAAUCAAUUGGGGAUGAAGGAGCUCAGGCACUAUCAAAAGCACUCAAGACGAACACGACAUUGACAACCUUGAACUUGCGCGACAACGCAAUCAGGAGAGAUGGGGCCGUAGCACUGUCUGAGGCACUCAAGACAAAUAGGGCUUUGACCACCUUAAACUUACUUGGCAACUCAAUUGGGGAUGAAGGAGCUGCAGCACUGUCUGAGGCACUGAAAACGAACAUGACUUUGACCAUCCUGGACUUGGAGUAUGACUCAUUUGCAAAAGAAGGAGCUCUGAUGCUGUCAAGGAUCAAUACGACGUUAACUAGCUUGGACUUUAGUAAUAAAUCGAUUGGAAAUGAAGGAGCCUUGGCAAUAGCUAUAGCACUCAAGGCGAACACAACAUUGGCCACCUUGGACUUACUUGGCAACGCAAUUGGGGUUGAAGGAGCUGCAGCACUGUCUGAGGCACUGAAAACGAACAUGACUUUGACCAUCCUGGACUUGGAGUAUGACUCAUUUGCAAAAGAAGGAGCUCUGAUGCUGUCAAGGAUCAAUACGACGUUAACUAGCUUGGACUUUAGUAAUAAAUCAAUUGGAAAUGAAGGAGCUUUGGCACUAGCUAUGGCACUCAAGACGAACACAACAUUAACAAGUUUGAACUUGCGCGGUAACUCAAUCGGAGAAGAAGGAACUGUAGCGCUGUCCGAGUCACUCAAGACGCAUACGACAUUGACCGCUUUGGACUUGAGUCUUAACUCGAUUGGGAGAGAAGGGGUUGUGGCACUCUCGAAAGCUCUCAAGACAAACAGGGUUUUGAUCACCUUAAACUUACUCGACAACUCAAUCAGAAAGGAAGAAGUACUGAUACUGUCUGAGGCACUCGAGACUAACACGACUCUGGUCAUUCUGGACGUGGAAUAUGACUCAUUUGCAAAAGAAGGAGCUCUGAUGCUGUCAAGAACCAAUACAACAUUAACCAGCCUGGACUUCAGUAAUAAAUCAAUCAAGGAUGAAGGGGCUCAGGCACUAUCCAGAGCACUAAAGACGAACACAUCAUUGAUAAGUUUGAAAUUGCCUGGCAACUCAAUCAGGAAAGAAGGAGCUGAAGCACUGUCUGAAGCACUCAAGGCAAACAGAACUUUGACAACUUUAAACUUACUCGACAACUCAAUUGGGAAUGGAAUUCUGGCACUGUCUGAAGCACUCAUGACCAACACAACUCUAGCCAUUCUAGACGUUGAGUAUGAUACAUUUGCAAAAGAAGGAGCUCUGAUGCUGUCAAGGAUCAAUACAACGUUAACCAGUUUGGACUUCAGUAAUAAAUCAAUCGGGGACGUAGGGGCUCACGCAGUAUCAAAAGCGCUCAAGACGAACACGACGUUGACAACCUUGAACUUGAGCGGCAACUCAAUUGGAGAAGAAGGAGCUGUAGCACUGUCCGAGUCACUCAAGACAAAUACUACAUUAGCCGUUUUGGACUUAAGUCUUAACUCAAUUGGGAGAGAAGGGGUUGCAGCGUUCUCGGAAGCUCUCAAGACAAACAGGGCUUUGGUCACCUUAAACUUACUCGACAACUCUAUCAGAAAGGAAGAAGUACUGAUACUGUCUGAGGCACUCGAGACUAACACGACUCUGGUCAUUCUGGACGUGGAAUAUGACUCAUUUGCAAAAGAAGGAGCUCUGAUGCUGUCAAGGAUCAAUACGACGUUAACCAGUUUGGACUUUAGUAAUAAAUCAAUUGGGGAUGAAGGAGCUCAGGCACUAUCAAAAGCACUCAAGACGAACACGACAUUGACAACCUUGAACUUGCGCGACAACGCAAUCAGGAGAGAUGGGGCCGUAGCACUGUCUGAGGCACUCAAGACAAAUAGGGCUUUGACCACCUUAAACUUACUUGGCAACUCAAUUGGGGAUGAAGGAGCUGCAGCACUGUCUGAGGCACUGAAAACGAACACAACGUUGACCGUUCUAGACUUGGAGUAUGGUUCGUUUGCAAAAGAAGGAGCUCUGAUGCUGUCAAGGAUCAAUACAACGUUAACCAGUCUGGACUUUAGUAAUAAAUCGAUCGGAAAUGAAGGAGCUUUUGCACUAGCUAUAGCACUCAAGGCGAACAUGACAUUGACAACCUUGAACUUGCGUGGCAGCUCAGUCGGAAAAGAAGGAGCUGAAGCAUUGUCUGAGGCGCUCAAGAUGAACACUACAUUGGUGACAUUAAACUUAAGUCUUAACUCGAUUGGAAAAGAAGGAGUUGUAGCACUCUCAGAGACGCUCAAGAUAAACAGGACUUUGACUAACUUGAACUUACUCGACAACUCUAUCAGAAAGGAAGAAGUUCUGGUGCUGUCUGAGGCACUCAAGGCUAACACAGCUUUGGUCAUUCUGGACGUGGAAUAUGACUCAUUUGCAAAAGAAGGAGCUCUGAUGCUGUCAAGGAUCAAUACGACGUUAACUAGCUUGGACUUUAGUAAUAAAUCAAUUGGAAAUGAAGGAGCUUUGGCACUAGCUAUGGCACUCAAGACGAACACAACAUUAACAAGUUUGAACUUGCGCGGUAACUCAAUCGGAGAAGAAGGAACUGUAGCGCUGUCCGAGUCACUCAAGACGCAUACGACAUUGACCGCUUUGGACUUGAGUCUUAACUCGAUUGGGAGAGAAGGGGUUGUGGCACUCUCGAAAGCUCUCAAGACAAACAGGGUUUUGAUCACCUUAAACUUACUCGACAACUCAAUCAGAAAGGAAGAAGUACUGAUACUGUCUGAGGCACUCGAGACUAACACGACUCUGGUCAUUCUGGACGUGGAAUAUGACUCAUUUGCAAAAGAAGGAGCUCUGAUGCUGUCAAGGAUCAAUACGACGUUAACCAGUUUGGACUUUAGUAAUAAAUCAAUUGGGGAUGAAGGAGCUCAGGCACUAUCAAAAGCACUCAAGACGAAUACGACAUUGACAAGCUUGGAUUUGUGCGAGAACUCUAUCGGAAAAGAAGGGGUUGUAGCACUGUCAGAUGCGCUCAAGAUGAACACGAGUUUGACUACCUUGGACUUGAAUUUCAACUCAAUCGAAGAGGAAGGAGCUAUAGCACUCUCAGAUGCACUCAAGACGAAUACGACAUUGGCAACCCUGGAUUUGCACCGCAACUCAAUUGGAAAUGAGGGAGUUCUGGCACUGUCAGAUGCACUCAAGAUGAGCACGAGUUUGACUACCUUGGACUUGAAUUCCAACUUUAUUGGAAAAGAAGGAGCUAUAGCACUGUCAAAUGCACUCAAGAUGAACCGGAGUUUGACUACCUUGGUCUUUCAUGGCAACUAUAUUGAGAGAGGAGGAGCUAUAGCACUGUCAGAUGCACUCAAGAUGAACACGAGUUUGACUACCUUGGACUUGCAUGGCAACUUAAUUAGAAAAGAAGGAGCUAUAGCACUCUCAGAUGCACUCAAGAUGAACCGGAGUUUGACUACCUUGGCCUUGCAUGGCAACUAUAUUGAGAAUGGAGGAGCUUUAGCACUGUCAGAUGCACUCAAGACGAAUACGACAUUGGCAACCCUGGAUUUGCACCGCAACUCAAUUGGAAAUGAGGGAGUUCUGGCACUGUCAGAUGCACUCAAGAUGAACACGAGUUUGACUACUUUGAACUUGAGUUAUAACUUAAUUGGGCAUGACGGGGCAGUGGCGCUGUCAUAUGCACUCAAGAUGAAUACGAGUUUAACUACCUUGGUCUUGCAUUACAACCAUAUUAAGGAUGAAGGAGCUAUAGCACUGUCAGAUGCACUCAAGACGAAUACGACAUUGGCAACCCUGGAUUUGCACCGCAACUCAAUUGGAAAUGAGGGAGUUCUGGCACUGUCAGAUGCACUCAAGAUGAGCACGAGUUUGACUACCUUGGACUUGAGUACUCAACGCGAGUUUGACUGAUUUGAACUUGGAGUUCAAAUCCAUUGGGGAAGAAGGGGGCUCAGGCACCGGUAGGCGCAUUCAAGCUGAAGAGAUAUUUGACUACCUUGGAGUUGGGGCCUAACUGGCCUGGGGAUGAAGGAGCAUGGCCACGCAAAAGAUGGCUAGAUCGUUUAAAAAGCAAUAGAGAAGAGGAUGAAUGUGCGCAAUGAUUAGCCUAAUGUUGAGUAUGGUACUUGAAUAAGAGCCAAGGAAGGGACAAAUAUGCAAUGUUACAUUGAGCAUCCGAUCAGUGCAGAAAUUAAAAUUAAUCAAAUCGAGC